ACUAUGAGGACCGUAUUACAGAGGGGCCGGUUGAUGGGCAGACAUUUUCCAGCGUGCGGGCUGUGUCGGAAUGCUGGGAGUUUGGCUUCCUUCCAGGAGGUGUCCAAGCUGCAGGAGAAGAAGAUAAAGAGUAUAUUGUAUCCUGUGACCGAUCUGGAGAGGAUAAUCAGCCCCAGCGUGGACCGGACUGAUUUUCGGCUGUUUAACCCCCCUGUUGAGGAAAUCGCCGCUGCCGAGAGCUUGUUCAGGCCUGCCGGAAAGCAUGUGAUUGAUUACGUCACGUCGGCUGUCAGAAUGGAUCACACGCCAGACCUGCAGCAGCCUGAGGUUUGUUUUAUAGGAAGAAGCAAUGUGGGAAAAUCUUCACUCAUCAAGUCGCUGUUCGCUUUGGUCCCUGGAAUUGAUGUGCGAGUCUCCAAAACACCAGGUCACACAAAGAAAAUGAACUUUUUCAAAGUGGGAAAAGCCUUCACCUUGGUGGACAUGCCGGGCUACGGGUACAGAGCGCCCGGGGACUUUGCCGAAAUGGUGGAAUCCUAUAUACAGGAAAGACGCAAUUUAAAAAGGACAUUUCUACUUUUGGAUAGUUCCAUUGGAAUUCAGCAGGCGGAUCUGAUUGCGGUGGAGAUGUGUGAGGAGUUUGGGAUUCCUUACGUUGUUGUGAUGACCAAGGUGGACCGGUGCCGGGCCGCUGUGCUGCUGAUGCAGUUCCUGCAGGUACAGGAAUUCAUCAAGAAGAAGACGACGGGGUGCUUCCCGCAGCCCUUCCUGGUCAGCUCCCUGAAUUUCUCAGGAAUACACCUUCUCCGGUGCUUCAUAGCUCAUGUAACAGGAACCCUUCCUAAAAUCAGCUGAG